CCGCAUCCGGGAGGGGCUGACGGUGGGUCUCUUCGCCGUUCUUGCAGAAACGAUCGUAUCGCAUACCUACAUGGUAUAGACGUACGACACGUGCGCGAUUAAUACUUUAUUAAUUAAUAAGGAGCUAUUCGGGGGACCAUCGUUACUUUAUCCUGCUUAUCCCCCUCUAAUUAUUCGCUGAUUUCAUUACCACACCUCGCGUCAUUUUCUUCGCACAAAUAUCUCGCACUCCUCCGCUAAGACGGUCGUAGGCAGUCGAACACGCCUUGCGAAGCUCUUCGAUCCAAUGUACGUAUACACGUGCCCCUGACACAUGCAUGGAUUCAACGUGUAUGUCAUCAUCGGUGGUAUACAUUCAUACUUACAUCUACAUGGACGCGUAUAUCUCACUAUUCAUAAAGUUGUGUGACCGAGCUCUCUAUCUCUCCUUUUUUCUCCUGUUUUCUCCAUACGUUAACACAUUUAUCGUCAUUCUCUCUCCCUCUUGUUCUCUCACUCUCCCUCCCUCUUUCGUGCCGACAAUUGUUUUCUUCAAAUACUAUAAUCCGCGAUCGUCCAACGGCUCUUAGGCACUCGGGAGUCGGCGGCAUUCUGUGCUGGCUCUGGCUGGCUGGCAAGCGUUGCAAGGCUGCAGGCUGCUCGGCUCGGGACUUUCCUUGGUAGUGUGCGUGCUACCUAGCUGUGUUACCCGCGUGCGCGAGUGUUUACACCGACGAACGAGACCCCGACGCACCGACGACCGACCGAGCGACCGCCUGCUGCCGCCGUCGUCGCCGCUGCCACCGCCGCCGCCGCCGCCGCCGUUGCUCCUCCUGGCUUUUCUCUAGAGUCUAGUGGCAAGACGCAAGAGGCCAGGGCAGCAAGCGAAGCCAAAAGCACACCGUGUAAGAGUUGAGCAAUACACGCAACACGCCGUCACGGCCUCGCCGUAUUCCAAAAGCAAGAUUCUAUGCGAGGCAUCGUCGACUAUCAGUGAAUAAUAACUCCGAAGGUCCGAGUAUCAACUAACAAGUUGGAAGACGGUAUAACUACAGCACAUCUUGGGUCUCUUCGGAGAGAGAUAGAUAAAAAGAGAAGGCGGGAGCGAGAAGGGAAUAGAGAGUGAGAGUGAGAGCGUGCGAGUACAUGGCUUAGCUGGUUGUUAGGUUGGAGCGAGUGAGACGCACGCUGUCGUUCCGACCAGCGCGGAAGUCGCAUGGAUAUUGGAUGUUCGGCGAGGUGAGAAAGCAGAGGAACGGAAGGUCGUAAACAGUCAUGCAAUGGCGGAUUAACAACAGCUAUCCUUCAAGUUGCUGAGUUGAUAGGGGGCUACGAAAAAGAACAGCCACGGAACAGAACAAGAUGGCCGACUCACUGCCCCGUUUGCGAGCGCUGCGUCCUCGACCACAACCUGCUGUGGCGGCUCCCCCGCCCACCACCGGACACCCUGCGAAAGAAAGAAACCACGCAGUGAAUGUCGAAGACGAAGACGAGCCGAUGGAACAGGACCAAGAGCGCGAGGACACCGGAAAGAGGAAGAGGGGAGACGUCUUGGAUGAUAAGCCAACAGCAAUGGCGGAUGAAGAGGAGGAUGAGGAUGAUGCGUCGGCGGCUGUAGAGGAGGAGGAUGAGGAGGAGGAGGAGGAGGAGGAAGAAGAGGAGGAGGAGGAGAAGGAGGAUGUUGAUGAAGACGGCGCGGAAGAUGACGAGGAGGGGAAAUUGGUAAUAAAAGAAGAGCCGACAGAAAGCCCGCUCGUCGAUACAGAGGUGUCGAAAGUAUACGAAUGUACAACUUGCAAGCCCGUCAAAAAAUUGCCCAGUCUUAAAAGCUACCUUCAUCACCUAAAAAAAGAACACAAGCAAAGGGUGAGAUGCUACGAGUGUCCCCAUUGUGAUUUUGUCUGCCAACACGCGAAAAAACUCCAGCGUCAUUUUCGGGUUGCUCACGAGGAUCUGCAGGACAAAAUAGCUACGGAAUCGGCCGAGAGAAGUAGAUGUCCGAUGUGCGCUCACGUUGCGGUAAACCAACGAGACUUGGAGACCCAUCAACGCGUACAUCAUUUAAAAAGGCGAUUCUUCCGUUGUGCAAAAUGCUCCUAUGUAACGCACGUCCGUGCGAGAUACACGAAACACGUCAAAUAUCACUCCAUGCCUAUGAUAAAGUGCGAUGCCUGCGAUUUUCGGACUCCUUAUAAGUGGAACUUGGAUCGUCACACCCGAAAUCACGGGGGUGGCGGAGCCUUCCAAUGCCGUGCAUGCAAUUUUACUGCUGAUAUCAGGCAAAGUCUUACUGUCCACGAAAUGAAUCAUCAUGAUCCACCUGUUGGGCAGCCACAUCGAAAGCCGAACAACCCGUGUGAGCGGAAACCCCGCAAUAGCCCAAAACGUUAUAAUCAGGUUGGUGCUAGCGACUUUCGAGAAAACCUUACGAAAACGUCGGGCAAUUUGACACCGACAAAGAGCGUGAGCCCGAGCAAGUCAGUAGGAACACCCAGGAAAUCGGUAACUCCUGAGAAACACGAUUUUAUUGACGAGAGAAACAGUGUUAUUGCUGAUGCAGAAUGCAUAGCAUUAAAAUGUGAAGAAAAAGGGUGCCAAUUCAUCACAGCGUGGGACUCUGAAAUGCAGCGACAUUUGGCGGAAUCUCACGCCCCCUUGUUGAUCUCUAGACCCAGGAAACCUUUACCGAUGCUGAUACCAUUGGGGACAUCGAGUUCCCCGAAAUCGAAUAAUGUUGGCGGGAGCGGUGGCAACACAACGCUGCUACGGGUGCCGAGAGUCAGGGUCAGGCCGGAAUUGGCGCAAAUCGCACGAGACACGGAAAUGGCGAGACUAUACGGUGAACAAGAGAAUUUAGCUACCAAGAGGGAGUUGAGUGGUAGCGGGGAUUCGUUUGAAAAGAAGAACGCGUCCUUCUUUGACAAACUAAAGGAGCGAUUGAUGACGAGUACAUCGAAUAAUGGAGGACGAUCGGAUGGGGCUAUGCGCGGAAAUGGAGGUGCAAUAGACUUGAAAUGCUGGUGUACUUUUGAAGCGAAGAAUAUGGAGGAAUUGUCGAGCCAUCGACGGACACAUCACGCCGCUCUUAGCGUUUCUCUUGGCUCCUCGAGGUGUCCCAAAUGCCGUAGGCGAUGUAAAAGCUCCGCCGAUCUCCAAGCGCACUUACACAUCUGCCAAUCCGGUACCGAAGAGUCGACAGUUAAUGAUAAUUCGCAAAUUUACCUAGAAGAUCGUCCGACCACCACUUAUCGCGGAGAAUAUAGAUUUCCGUAUCAAUUGGAUUGGGACUCGAGUUUUACCGGACUCAAUUCUUCAGGCUCGUCGGUGGAGAGUGGCUCGACACAGCAGAGUGGCCGUCGGGUAUUUAAGUGCCCUCACUGCGCUUUCUGGGCAUCUACAGCAUCUCGGUUUCACGUCCACAUAGUCGGACAUCUAAACCGGAAGCCGUUCGAGUGCUCGCUGUGUUCUUACAGGUCCAAUUGGCGAUGGGACAUCACUAAACAUAUCAAACUCAAAGCUGCUAGAGACCCAGAACAUGCGGCCGCCCGGGUUCUUAUGACUGAUGAAACGGGACGCCGCAAUUAUUCGAAAUAUAAUAAAUACCUUGCGCAGGUGCAACAGCAGCAACUACAAUUAGCGGAUGAGCACUGCAUUGACGAACCACCGUCGAAAAUUAUGCUGACAGAUGAGUCGGAAUAUAGGCAACCACCGGAGCUAACUCCUGCUCCAAAUCCCAUGUCUAUAGCUUUUAAUUCGUCCUUGGAAGUUUCUACACUACCUUCCAGACCCCCACCGCCUCUAAAAGCGGCAAAUCGUAACCAGGGUCAAUCCUUGUUGAAGAAUAAUCCCGUUUCCUCCGUGCCUACCGCUACCCCAGCCUUGACAAUAUCUGUUCCCACUACAACUACUGUAGUUAAUAACUCCGAAGAAACCAAACGUACAUUAUGGAAAUGUAAAAGAUGCAACUACAGAGACUCCAGCAAAGAUGCAGUUUUGAUACACGUCAAGUCUCACUAUGAAACAUCUUUACCGAUAUCUGAUAACGAGAAAAAAGUUUACGGAUGCGGAGAUUGUCCGUUUGCGGCAUCUAGUGCUGCCGCUCUUGCUGCUCAUCGGGAUCAUCACCGACCGAAUCUCGGGGCGAUUUUUAAAUGUUAUCUCUGCCCGUUUUACGUCAGCACCAAAGCAGAACUGUUGGAACACGCAAGGCUUCACGGGGAGGAAUUGGCGGCGGAACAUCAGCGGAACGUAGACGCCGAGAGUUUACCGGCAAAGCGGAAGUUUCAACGUGUUUCAUCAGAAUCUAAAACAAAGGCUGAUGAUUCGUCCGUCGAAGAAAUAGCCGGAGUGGCAUCAGCGGUUUCGUCAGAUCCAACCUCUCCGAGAUCUAAGGCAAACGUCACGGGUGGUGUCCCUCCUCCUUUACUGUUAGACACUCGAGCUCUUCCCGAUGCGCCUUUGGUUUGGGUUUCUCGUCCCGAUGGGACUCUGACAAAGAUGUUAAAGUGCCGACACUGUCCUCACGUCGCUUCACGUCGCGCCGAAGUACGGGACCACGAAGGAAUGCACGUAUCUCCACCGAAUCAAGGGCUCUUGAUCAACUGUACAGAUUGUAAUUUCACGUGCACGCGUCGCGACGUUAUGGAGUCUCACACAGCCAUGCAUUCUGGAGUUCUGGGUACUGUACAUUGCCUUGUUGAUGAAGGGCGACCUGAUAAUCAGCAACUCAAUGACCUAGCCACGCUUCUGGGACUCGCCCAACCACCGGUUCUCGGCCCUGAACCCGAUCUGCGAGACUCUAGGCUCGUACACUGUUGCAGUAAAUGUCCAGCGAGAUUUCUCUGUGAAAAAGAACUACGCAUUCAUUUGAGGUACCACUCAACAGAAUUGGCCUACUCCUGCCAAUGGUGCUCGUAUGCUGCUAGACAACCCGCCCAUCUUCUUGCACACCAAAAAGCUCACUCUCCUGAGUAUCAGGAACGAACUCGGUACCUUUUGUCAUUAUAUGGUCAUUCGCAAAGACAUCCACCUCCGACAACGGCUUGCGUUGAGGCGAAUAAUCAUUCUUCUUCAGCAGCUGGAAUCGGCGGUGUUGCUUGGAUCGUAGUCGAAAUAAAUUCCAGUCCUAAUGGUGGUAAUUCUAAUGAAAAUAGUCAAGAAAAUGGAAACCAAGUUUUCACGUGCGCUAAGUGCCCUGCACGAUAUUUUAAGCUGGAUGCUUUGGAAUACCACAUGACCCUGCAUGGAAAAAAUAAUAAGUUCAAGUGUUUGGAAUGCGAUUAUUCGUCAAAAACUGCUCAGAACUUGGCCAAACAUCAAGUCGUUCAUCGACUCCGUGCCGAAUCAAAUGAGACUACAGCGGCACCUGUUGUAAGCAGAGUGCCGCCACCUCCAGACCCGCAAUUCGGAAUUUUGAUGCGUGGAAACCCUAACUUCGUUUAUCCAGGAUACUUGAGAAACGGACGACUCAAAGAAAAACGGUACAAAUGCCAUAAGUGCCCCUCCGCUUUCGAAAAACGUGAACAGUACAGAGUUCACUUGACGCUUCACGGAGCGAAGCAGCGAUAUCGCUGCGAUACUUGUGAUUAUUCUGUUAAAUAUUACGCAAACUACGUUCAGCAUUUAAAGAAACAUCAAGCUAACGCCGAAGCUCAGGCAUCGAAACGGCAGUUUGAGGAUGAUGCAAUUUCUGUUGAUAGUGAUGUUGUUGCCGAGCCAACCGUCAUCUCAGUUACAAGACCGGGAAAAUCUUUGUCCAAGACUUCGGUGGUUACUUCCGCAACGGCCACUACCACCACGACUUCAUCGGUUAGUACGAGCACAAUAGUAGUUUCUAAUCAAGAUAAACAAUCAUUGAUAUUGAUGCAAAGAAAAGGAACUCUGGUGGGGCCCAACGAAACUGACGAAGAAUCUAUACGUUGUCCGAGUUGCCCAUUCGGAACCCCUGACAAGGAGGCAAUGGAUGCUCACAAGCGGAGACACGGAAUCGAGAGAAUGACGCCUCCUUGUCCUCAUUGCGAUUACGUUCCACGGAAGGAUGAAAAUGCCAGUGAUCACGUGCGACUUCAUUUUACAAGAAUGUAUAAGCCGGAAUCGUACUUAAUAGCGGAACUUUUGGCUCUGCGGGUACAUCCUCUGAAAAAAACUAAAAAUGGAAGGCAGGACAAAUCUGAUGAAGAGAGUGAAAAGCUUCUUUUCAAGGAAUGCAUGGACGGAAGGUUUCUUCCUGCCAUAGAUACAAUGCCCUUGCCUCCUGCGUCAGCUUCUACUUCUACUGUUGCCCUUCAAGAAAAGGUCAUUGUAGAUCCGAACACGGGUGAAACUAAAAAACCCGUUUUAACAUAGAAUUAAGAAAGUGUCUUUUUCUUAUAAUUAUUCGUAUAUCGAUAUUUGCGGAACAAACUUUGUAUACAUCGUAUAGAAAUCAGAAUACCUGUGCAUCACUACCGUACCAACGGUACAUUGUUCAAAAUAUGUUGAUAAUUGUAUUUAAUCACGGCUAUAGCCAGUUAUACGUAUGUAUAUCAUGUAAAUAUUGACGCGAGGAGCUUCUGUUCUCAAAUGUUUUCUAUUGUUAUUCGGUUGAUUUGUUUUGUUUCCUUAAUCUAUUAUAAAGAUUGUUGCUCAUUUUAUAAUUUACGUUUAACUCAGCACUGAUUUUAUCUCACCGAGACAGUUCAAAGCUUAUAAAAAAAUAAUUAUUUUAUCUACCCUUACCCAUCGCGGUUCUACCCGAUACAGAUCAUGCUUUGUAAAAAUAAUUUUUUCCUCAUUGUUACUCAUGCACCUGAAAAAUAUAGGUUGAAAGUUCUGUUGAAA